AUGAUUAAGUUAGAGGACCUUAGAACUCUAAAUCCCCCAGAUCAUAUUGAGGUACCAGACGAUGAAACUACAUUAACUGAAAUCGCUACAGUGCUAUCACAAUUACAAAGCAGUAAUACGGAUUUAUCAGAAUUAAAAGAAAAAGACAAUAAAUCAUUCCUGGACUCUAACGAUAAUUUUAAUGCAUUCUUUGAAUAUUCAGUUGCUGAGCUGCUCAAUAAGCGCAAAAUUCAGCAAGAGGAAAAUGAGCCACACCAUUUCAAAUUUAGCAGCUACACAGAUAACAUGCAGCCGAGGGACCUAGAGAUUAUAAAGACUACCGCAUUAUUUUGCGUAGUUAAUGAAGAAAAUAACUACGUAUCUGCUAUGCGGGAGAAGUAUAGUGAUAACCCGAUAUUUCGCUUCCUUAACCCAUCAAAUUCCCUAAACAGCGUGUUCACAAGCUUUAUCAACCAAUACAAACAAAUUAAAUCCAAAGAGUACGGAAUACUCUCAGAGUUACAAAAGGACUAUCGUCACAAAAUUCUAAAGAGGGCGUUUAACAGGGCGUGCUACAAUGAGAAAUCAAAACUACUGGAAGAAAAUGAGAAGCAGGUAUUAGAAUCCAUGAAAAUACGCUUUGCCGCUAUAAAGUGGGACCAAUACGAACUGGUGGAAACGUUCAAAAUUACUGACGAAGACCUUGAAGAUACCAGCAUCCCCAUAGCUCCCGAUUUUAACGAACUAACCAAGUUUUCACUUACAAACAACUUCAAAACACUGUUCAUUGCUCCUGAAGAAUCCAAUAAUACCAAGAAAUCCAAGAGAAAGAAUAUUAAGGUCAAAGCUGCCGGAACUACGCGGUUUAAACGGAAAGUUAACAACAACACCAAUGUCAUAGAAUGUCCUAUUACCCACAGGCUAAUACCCGAGGAUCAAUUUCAAAAGCACCUCAAUAUUUUAUUAACGGACCCUAAUUACAAAACAGAAAUGGACAAAUACAAGGCUGCCAAUAACCUAACGAACCUAUCCACAGAAAAUAUUCAUCAAAAUAUCAAGCGCCUUCUUAACAUUGAAGCUCCUGAUAAAAAGCAGCAUAUAUAG